UCUGCAGCUUCUAUCUUGGAUUUUGCCGGUAAAAGCAAGUCUGAUCGCUACAUGCGGUUCGUUUAGUCGGCCGAGGUCCAGUUUUCAAAAUAAGCACGAUGGAUGCUCUUACAGCUUCUAUGGACGCUCUGGUCACCAAUCCUGAGCUUGCACCGCUUCUGUCCCUCCUCAAGGGCAUUCGCAAUGGUGCUGUCUACGGGGCCAAGGUCCGCUUUCCGCAUGCUCUGGUGAUGAUUUUACUUUUUCGUUCGGGAACCUUCCGCGAGAAAGCUAAUCUUGUCUUCAAAGCCACACGUCAACAUGCUCGGAAUUUAGCCACCUUUGCGCUGAUAUAUAAGGGCUCAAUGAUCCUGUUGCGCAAUGUCAACCCAGUUGCUGCUGGGAAGGAAGGGCGAUAUGACAGUUUCUUUGCUGGAUUACUAGGAGGCUAUGCAGUAUUUGGUCGGCACAAAACCAGCAUCACCCAACAGAUUGUGAUCUAUAUCUUUGCUCGUGUGGUGCUUGCUUUAGCCAAACUUGCCAUUCGUCCGGGGAUGCACCCGCUUUCCUCUCUCAUCACCCCAGAAACACGAAUUCAGAUAGAAAGCAAUGCCUGGCCGGUAUUUGCCAGUUUGUCCUGGGCAUCGGUUAUGUAUAUCUUCCGCUGGCAUCCAGAUACUUUGAUGUCAAGUCUUAGGAGUAGCAUGGUGUACAUUUACUCCGAUUCCGAUCACUGGGACUCGUUCCGCAAUUUUUUGAUCCACAACAAAUGACCUCACUAUGAAAACCUGCGUUGUUUUUACCUAUGACCACUUCCAUUAUCUGGGAUACCUCUCAUGAUGGCAUAUAGAUAUGGUGCGUUUAGAGUGUUGUUAUCUCUUGCACUGAAUAUCCCUCUACCUUCGUGACUUAUUGCUUGGGCAAGCGGAAGCGUGCAGCGGCCGUAUCCCUGAUGCCCUACUGCAGGCGGUUUGGGAAGUCAAGCACACAAUAGAAA